AUGUGGAUACCUCACGGCAGAGGUAUCUUUCUUGCGUUUCGGCCGCUACUGUCGACUUCUCUGAGUUCCCAUGUCUUGCCUCGUUUUUUUUUUUGCCUCCUCUGGUCUGGCCUGGCCCUCACUGUGCCUCUUUGCUCGUACUGGCGGUGGCUUCUGCUUCCAGACUCUUUUCCGCCGCCAUGCCUUUCCCCCAGCUAUACAGAGCUAUUGGAUCCGGCUAGAAAGGAAGGUGAGAAUAUCCCAGCCAGCUCCAUUCGUUUCGGCGGGGACUUUGUUUCCCAAGUCUUGGCUCCAAGCAGCCGAAAUCCCGAACAGCCUGCUGUAUGUGCAUAG